GCAACCGCCUUUAACGAGCAAAGAAGAACUAACAGGAAGGUGCAGAGGAAGAAAACACAAACCCUGAUCUACAUUAUUUCAGUCAGUUAAUGCUCCGUUUUUAUUUGACAAAUCGGAGCUUUUUAAAUACUUUCUCGCCCCAAAAUGUCAGAUGACAACUCACCUGUAGGUGAAACGCUUCACCGUGAAGAUGAAGAGACCGUCCAGGGUCAGGAUAGACCAAAGCAGCAGGACAGUGGAGCUCUGAACGGGACUCCCUCCUCCAGGUUCCUGCGGGCUGAGCUGGAGCUCAACGCCCAUCUCCGGCGGCUCUCCUUCAGCGAGCAGGUCCGGUACAUCUACAACCCGCUGGAGUACGCCUGGGAAACCCACCGUUGCUACGUGGAGAAGUACUGUCAGCCCGGACAGAGGUUCCUGUUCCUGGGGAUGAAUCCUGGACCCUUCGGCAUGGCGCAGACUGGAGUCCCAUUCGGUGAAGUGAGGUCAGUUGUUGACUGGCUGAAGAUCACAGGGGAGGUUGGUCAUCCUGAUGACGAGCAUCCAAAGCGACGGAUCACGGGGCUCGCCUGCACUAAGAGCGAAGUGAGUGGUGCACGUUUUUGGGGCUUCUUCAAGAAACUGUGUGGUGAACCGGAGCUGUUCUUCCGCCACUGCUUUGUGCACAAUCUGUGCCCGCUAAUCUUCAUGAGUGCCAGUGGGAAGAAUUUGACGCCCCCUGAGCUGCCUGCAGCUGAACGGGAGGCUCUGCUGGCCCUGUGUGACAUCGCGCUGUGCCAGGUGGUGGAGGCACUCAACGUCUCCAUGGUGAUUGGCAUAGGAAAGAUGGCGGAGCAGCGGGCUCGGCGAGCUCUGUCUGCUGCAAAUAUCAACGUGCGAGUCGAGGGCAUCAUGCAUCCGUCGCCCAGGAGCGCACAAGCCAAUAAGGGCUGGGAGGAUGUAGCUAAAGCCAAGCUGGCAGAACUUGGUGUUCUAUCCCUGCUGAACAACUCUUGAGCUAAUCAGCUUCCUGUGACACUCAUCAGUAGAAGUGUGCAGAGUAUCUUUAAUUCGACGGAUGGCUUGCUGCACUAUGGAAAAGUGCAUGCUCACAUUUUUCUUCACUGCUCAGUCUGUGUGUCUAAGAAAACAUUGCUUCCCUCAGUGAGAAUAGCAGCAAAUAGCUCCAAAGAGAGUUUGUAAUACACUAAAGCCUUAACAGCUCCUAGCACAAAUGCUGGAAAUGUAUUUGUUCUACAAAUGCAUGUUUAUGUUUACUGCAAAGAUUUGAUUGUUCAUUUCAAGAUGAUGUUUUUGUUCAGAUCCAGCAUGGCACUGGAUAAUGAACUUAAAAAUAUUUCUACACUAAUGUUACUAUAAGUUACUCUGGGUAUGUGUGUAAGUCUAAAAGUCCAAAUGUAAGCUCAGGGUCUAAGUGAGUGUUCAGUUUUGUGUUUUGUUUCAGUCAGCCCACUGAUGUAACUUGUUGAGCCUGUAAAUUGAAAAAAAAAAAAAAAAAAAAACUAUUAUUGUUACUGUGUCCAGCCUAGUCCAGUACUUAUCAGCUAAUGCAUAUGUGAAAAUGAAACCAGAAUUUAAAUAUAUUAACAAAACAGAUAUUCACAAUAUUAAAUAGGUAUAGAAAAUACUUUGAUAAAGACGGCCUCCAAAUAUGGCAGAAUUUCAUUGGAAGCAAUCAUUACCCUUUGAUAGGGUACUUUUAGAAAAUUAGUUAAUUAAUUUGCCAAUCCAAUGUUUUUGGCAUAAAUUAAAUUACAAUUCUGUGAAUUAAAGGACAACAGGUAUGAACAGAAUUGAUGUAGUUUUUAAAACUCAGUUCAACUCAGUUUGUAACAAAUUUUACCGACAUGCGGCAACUUUUGACUGCUAACAUUACAGAGUUCAGAAAUAAUACAGCACUGUAAAACCGGUAAUCUGUGUUGUAUGUGCCACAUUAGUACACAAUACUCUUCUUUUAUAUGGUUUCUUUUUUUAACGGUCUUUGUUUUCAUGUAUUUUAUGUGUUUACAUGCUGAUUAUCUCAUGCUUUUUUCUUUUUUUGUUUUUUUUUAACUAGUUUUAUGGAUGUUUAAACUCAGUGCCCUUUAAACUAGAAGUUACUUGUUUAAAUAAACAUUGAAUUAUGAAAUCUGGACAAAUAUGCUUCCUCUGGUGUUCCAAAAAUGAAGGUUGACUUGCUGAAUAUUACCAUAUUAAUACGUUUACACCGUCUUAAGCUCCUGUCCUGUAGUUUGUGUUUUGCAAACGUUUCUUCCUGUUAAAAAGAGUAUUUUUUUUUCAUCUUGGUGUUGCUGAAUGCGUGUUUAAACAGGAUCUAAAUGAAUCUUUGGAUCUGU